CAAAGACGUGCUCUUCCUCCAGCACGCUUGCGUUUCUUUGCUUCAUCAUGGAUCUGGAGAGAAACUGAUUUGUAUCAGGAUGGUAGGUGCGGGAUCAAACAGAAUCGACAUGGAGUACUUUGGAGACGGGAUCUCACAGAUCCUAGAUUGAUCUUCGGAUACAAAGGAAUGAUUGAGAGUUUAAGAUGCUGGGAAUCAGCAAGAUCUUGGGAUCUAUAUUCAAGGAAUAUAGAUCUUGGGAUCUAUAUUUGGUAUUCAAGCGAUUACUACGGGGUCAUCAAGAUUCAUCCAAUCGUCGCCUUGAUCGCCCUCAUCAACUGCAUCUCCCACUCCUCAUCACCCGAUAUGUUAUACAAAGAUGGCAGAAAGCUUUCACCGAUGAGCAGACCAAGAGUUUUACGAAGUUUUCUGUCUCAUCGACAAAGACUCAUAUGAUAUUUAUAUAUGCUGUUCGUGAGAAACAGGGUUCAUCACGAAGAAGAAACUAAAGAAAGUCAUCAAAUCGAUGUGGAAAAAUCAAAAGGUAGAACUUUGGGAGAUGAUGAUCGUUGUUUACCUACGUUUGAUGGAAAUGGAGACAUCGAUAUAAUGGUCCAGAACAACUCUCAGGAAUCAGCAUAAGAUGAACUAAUAGAAAUAUUCAGAGUGUUUGAAGGCACAGUUUCAUUUCAAAACUUGAGGGAAGCAUGAUGAUCAUCAGCCACCAUCCCUACUUCAAAUGGAUAUACAAAACAUAGAUGUAUUCCCAGAGAUUACUCAUCGACAGGUGCAUCAGGAGGUGGUGACGGUGAGAGAUCAGCUGGAGAAGAAAGAGCCAGAUCCAGGAUUGUAGAGUCAGAGUGAAAGGGGACGGAGCCAGAGAUUCACGACACAGAAGCAGAUGGAUUUAACUUCUUCCUAUGAUCAGAACGAUGCUUGACAAUGAGAUUCAAGGAGAAGAAGCUUCGGAACUUUCUCUUGCUGGAAAGAGAAGAAAAGAAACUGAAAGACCAAGCUUUGCUUUUCCACAAAAACCAAGGUGAUCAAUUGGUCAUAGAGCAAAAGUAUGGUAAUUCUUUAUCCAAAAAGAAUAUGAACGUGCACAAUGCAAUUGUUAUUUCUGUAAAAUCCAGCAACUGACAGUGGCACUUAAAAACGUACGUGUUGUCCACGUGAAAUUACUGAGUGUAUCUCGGUUCCUUUUUGUAUUUAGUUCAGCUCGAGUUAUAAUUUGUGUUUGUUUAAGAUUUUUAUUACAAGUUGUUUUCUCUUCUCAAUAGAAAAUUUAAUUCAUGUUUUAUGUGUUGAACAUAGUCGAG